AUUUUGUAAGCUCCUCAGGAGCUCAGCAAAAUGAACUCCCUGGAAGCUUAAUUGGAGCUUUGUGCUGUAUGGGAGCUUGAAGGAUGCUUAUUAAUCCUUUUGUACCUUUGGGACAUAUAUGUCUUAUUUAUAAAAAUUCUGAACAGUCAUAAACAAAUAGUAUUGACUUUUAUUUUUACUUGUUUUAAAAAUAAAAAUUCAAACCAUCACACACCAUAGAAUAUUAUAUUUUUAAUAAAAUCAUCGUUAUGUAAACUUCGCGCAAAAUUCAGUAUUUAGGUAGUAAAGUAUAACCAUAUAUUCAUUGAAUUAAUAUUAAUUAUAUACUUGAAGUUUCUUAAUUUUGAAAGAAAUGCAAAACGAUUAAAAUUUUAUUAUGAUAAGUCUUGUAAUAAUUUAUAUGUAUAAUUAAAUUUUGUACAACUUACAAUUUGUCUUUCAGACUUUUAGAAUACAUUUAUCGUUCUAAAUAUAGUUUAAGUUGAAUAGUCAUAUACAUAUUAUGCUUAAGAAAAGAUCUGUUCUUUGAUCUAACAAAGGAGAUUAGACAACUUAAAAAUUCAGAAAAUUUUGAGAAAUUGUGUAGAGUAGAUUUUUUUUCUAAUACGAAACUAUUUUUUAUUUUUGCAAAGUUACACUUUGAAGAGAACAUCUCUUCGAAAAAAAUCUAUUUUUUACUUUUUAGGCAAAUAUCUUCGAAACUAUAAAAGAUAGAAAAAAAUUUUUUAAACAAAAACUAAAUGGUUUCAAGAAUACUCAUAUUACUUAAGUCAUAAUUAAUAAACAUUUUUCAAACUAUUUAUUGAAAUCUUCUUAAAUUAAAAACUAAUUUUUUUAGUUUUUGUCUAUUUUUUGUAGAUAAAAAGAUGAAAUUCAGAUAAAAUCUAUAAACUGUUGUCAUGAAGCUUUGUGAUAGAAUACACUUUUUAUCAUCAUUCGCGAUUGGCUACACAAGUUAUUAAUAUUAUUUUAUGUUACUCGAGUAACUCUCAUUGAAAGGUUUCAGAUUUGCUUCGCCUGAAGGGGAUCACGUAACGUUACUGAAUGUGUUCCGAGCAUAUCAAAGCGCUACGCAGAAGAAGAUGUGGUGCCAUGAGAACUUUUUGCACUAUCGAAAUCUGGAGUACGGGGUCGGAAGUGCGGCAACAGCUUGCAGCGUUAGCGGAACGUGCGAAUUUAGAGAAGGCGAGUUGCGGAACGAAUACGAAGCAACUCAGAAAAGCUUUUCUCGAGGGAUUAUACGAGAAUCUCGCUGAGCUGCAAAGAGAUCAGACGUAUGUCACGGUGUAUUUGAAGCAGUCGGUAACUAUACACCCUUCUUCGACGUUGUAUGGUACGAAGCCGCCGUUGCUGCUGUUCACGGAGGUCGUAGCUACUGGAAGAUGUUACCUUCGUGGUCUAUCUGCAAUCGAUCCGGCGUGGUUGACACAGAAGAACAUCGGCCCUAGGAAAUGCGACUGACGCAAUUUUUUUAUCCUGCGACGUUAUAUUUAUACAAAGCUUAGUUUUGUUGACGUGAAAUAAAGCAAUUAAAUCCACUGAAUAAUAGAUAUAACGCAAUGAAUUUUUAAAAAUUGAUAUACAGUAUACAAACAGUAUAAUUAUGAAGAAAAAUAACUGUAUUGUCCUCCGCGUUCAUUUAUUCAGCGGUGUCAAAUACGUAUUUGUACUUAGUGACGUACGUCACUAAGCCCUCUCUCAAACGGGUGAAAUUUUGUUGUAGAUAUGUGAUUAAGAGGGAAUAAUUUUUUCUACUACUUGUACGCGCACUGUUAUUAAAUUUAGAUAACACAAAUUUUAAUUAUUGUAUGUGUAUUGUAUCUUGAACCAUGAAACUUUUUGAACACGCGCCUUUGCGCAUAUCUUUA